AAUGGGUGGCAUGAGGUCAAGUGGGUGUGGUUGUUUGCCUGAUUGGGAGCAAUAUGGAUCCAGAUGCUUCAAACUCUUCACCACACCAAUGAACUGGAUCAAUGCAGAGAAAUAUUGUAUGUAUUUUGGUGCUCACCUCGCCUCCAUCCACAACCCGGGGGAACAUGAUCUUCUCCUGGGAAUGGCAUCAGAGACAAAUCAACAAAGAGCCUGGAUUGGUAACUCAGAUGCUGUUGAGACCUUUACAUGGUUAUGGAGUGACGGAUCCAUGUUUGAUUACACUAACUGGGCCCCUUAUGAGCCGGAUAACUGGCAUGGGCAGGAAAAAUGCAAUGAAAUUACCCUUACAGGGUGGAAUGAUCUCAAUUGUGAAUAUAGUCUUCCCUUCAUCUGUGGGACAAGACCAGAUGGACCACUUUAACUCAUUUAAUCAAAGUGUGUUUGGUGUAUGUGGUCUUCUACAGUCAGCACAGGAUCACAAGUUUAUAACCUUUGUAGAUCAGAUGAGACUAUCAGAACCAAUGAUAACAUUUCUGUAAUCUGCAUUUGGAAAAUAAAGUUUUUCCUCUUA